AUGUGGUAUGUGCGUCUUCCUUUUCUUUUUGUUCUAUUUACCGUGGCCGGUGACACAGCACUUGGUCAGAUAACACUGUUAUGGUCAGGUGUAGAUGGAAUGGAGCUAAGUGACGAUGAGAUAAGUGACGUGGUGACAUAA